CUAAAUUAACUCAAAAUUGCAUAAUGCUCAAGCGCAGUGUGAGCCAUUUGGAUAAGAUGGCCAAAUCGCAGGUGGCCGAAUGGCUAAGCGGGAUCGAGACCAUUAUCUGCAGCACGGACGGGGUUUUGUGGCAGGAGAACCAGCCCAUCGAGGGAGCCGUGGAGGCCUUUAAUGCCAUCAGAGCCAAAGGAAAACGCAGUCUAAUAGUAACCAAUUCCUGUUGCCUAACAAAGUCGGAUUUGUUCCAAAAGACCAAGGAUCUGGGCUUCAAGGUCAAGGAGCAGGACGUUUUCAGUUCGGCGGCUUCCAUAUCGAAUUACCUUAUCGAAAGGAAGUUCAAUAAGAAGGUGCUCGUUCUGGGCGGCGAAGGCAUCUGCAGGGAUCUCACAAGUGCCGGCUUCUGCUCGGCUGUCAAUCAUAAAAGACCCCAUGGCGACGGAAGAAUGGAUUGGGUCAGGUCCAUGGUUCUCGACCCGGAUGUGGGGGCUGUUCUGGUGACAAGAGAGGACGGCAUGGAGACGAACCAGUUGCUUGUGGCCUGCAACUAUCUGCAGAAUCCCAAGGUCCUUUUCCUGGCCACCAGCACGGAUGCAUUCCAGACCCUCGGCAACAAGCGAGUUCCGGACGCGGGCACCAUAGUAGCUGCCAUCGAAAUAAUAGUUCAACGCAAGCCGACCGUCUUGGGCAAACCGAAUCCUCGCAUUUUGGGCAAGCUGUUGGAGUCUGGCGAAAUCAAGCCGGAUAAGACGCUUAUGAUAGGAAACUCGCUGAAGUCAGACAUUCUAUUUGCCAAUAUCUGUGGUUUUCAAUCCUUACUAGUCGGCUGCGAAAAUGGAGUUCUUGAAGAAGCUGAAAAAAUUAAAAAAGAGGGAGAUGAAAAGAAGAUGAAUCUCGUUCCAGAUACUUUUUUGGCAAGCUUCGGAUCUUUCUUGGAGUUUUUGUGCACCGAAGUAAAGUCGGGCAAGGAUAAAGACAAGAAAGCCCAAGAAUCCAAGAGCGGUCAGGUCGAACAAAAAAUAAAGUGAUUUAGAUAAUUUUCCAAAUUGGAAUAAAAGUUUACUAAGAUCUUUUAUAGAUA